UGGUAUUUUUCCUUUAUCCCUUUAGCCGUUUGCCCCAUUUAUCCCCUUUCUGGGAUACUCCUUUCCCGCGGGAUUCCGACUUGCCCCCUCCGGGGUGUUGGUUGGCAUGGAUAUUAUUUAUCCAACUCACCCGAACCUUAUUUUUAUACUCCUCAUUCCCUCAUAUAUUCAAAUGACUUCACUUGUCCAUGCAUGCGUCCAUAUUUUGAAACUGACUCUCCUCAUCGCCCCCCCCCCCUCACUACUUCCGUUGCGAUAGAUACACAGCACGCGCCCGGCUCCUGAAACGAUCCGGCGAGAAACGUGUCAAGGAGCGGACGAGUCCUCGAUCGAUACUGAUAGGCUUACUCGAGAUGACGGAAGGUCUCAUCGAGUUUGUGUAUCAGGUGUAUAUCACGGACGUGAUGAACGGAAGGGUGAACGUUAACAGUUGGCUUACGUUUCAUGGCUUGAUGAAUGUUUGCAUGAGUCGGUGGCAGGAUCAUGCGACGACGGAUCGACAACGGUUGAUGGUCGGAUUAAUACAUCUCGUACAGGCGAGCGUGUACUCACGCACAUCUAGCAUUAAUUUUAGAGAUAUGAGCAGGCGAAUGGAUCAAUUAACGUCGACGUCCCCUGCGCCACCUAGUGUUCCACCGCCACCCUAUAGCGUCAUGUCUUCCACGACUUCCAUGGGCCUUGUACCGCCAUCCUCGGCGGCACAUGGUGGCACGCCAAACCACCCAACACCACCUCUUAUCUCCCCCGAACCAUCGCCUCGUGCAUCUUCUUCCACAUCCUCACCAUCCCCUUCCGUCGUGGGUCACCACGCAUCUUCCUCCAUAUCAUCCCACCCAUCGCAUGGAACACCCAACCCACACGCACCUUCACAACCUUCAUAUCUCCAUCAUCCCCAACAAUCCCAACAUGGGAGCACUCAACAGCCAAGACCGCCCCCGUUACCUGAAGUUUGGGAUUUACUUCGGCAUACACAUCGGAGCGCAAAAGGGUUUGCGGACGCUCACGCGAUGUUGAAUGGGAAGACGAUGGGCAAGUUCUUCCCUGUUACCUGGGGAAGGUGCCUUGAGUGUCGGUUUGGGAUUCGUGAGGGGAUGUGUGUCUCUCUUGCGGCAUGUGCAAAGGAGGACCCAAUUUCAUCAUCAUCUACUUCUACUUUCGGUCCUGCCUCGUCAUCGGCUACCGGUUCUACCUCUGCAUCCGCUACAUCUCCAUUUUCCCCUUCUUCCCUAGCUUCGACACCCCUUGAUACUGGAUCGGGGGGAAAGGAGGAAGGAGAAGCGGAAGAAGCGGAAGAAGGUGAGAUGGAGGAAGAUGGAGGAAAUGCGACAGCGGUAUCAACAGGAGGCGAAGAAGAGCCUGAAGUGGCCGGAUGGUAUUGGCCUGUUAUGUCAGGCGAUCAUGUGCCGCACAUGGUUGGGUUUGCGAAGAGUCUGCUUUGGGAGUUUGCAAGGGCUGAGGUGGGUGCGAGUGGGACGAAAGAGGCAUACAGAGGAGAUGCUGGCGUGAACGUGGAUUAUUGAGUGAGUUGUCAUCCAAAGCGCCUGGUGGAAAGUGGCCCUGGUUUUGGGUGUUUCUUUUUUCGUGGCCAGAUCUCAGGCGUCACUGCGCAGGUGGCAUAGUGGGCUAGAU